AUUUCUCCCAACCAGAUCGAGCAGAGGGGCCCAACGCUGUGCUACGACGUGAUCCAGGCCAACUUCUACAGCAGCAAGAUGGCCGACGCCUACGGCCUUGACGUGCUGGACCUCCACUUCCAGUUCCGCUUCUCGCUCGAGCACCGCAUGAAGGAUGGGGUCCACUGGAACUCUCUGGCCCACCGACGCAUCACCACCUUACUGCUGCAACAUGCUGCAGAGGCCUGGGGAGUGUUGCUGCACUGUCCUGCCACUACUGUUGAGCACAUUGAUCAUUCAGAGCAGCAGCAGCUCAAAGCCUACACAAACACCAUGGCCAAGAACACAGUGCUACACAACUGGAGCUACCCACCAGAGCCUCAUUGCAGGAGACCAGACCCCAGGAUGAUGAACCCGGGUCACUGCAGUGUUGCCUGGGAAACAGAGAGGUUUGGACACUCUGACGGCUACGAGCCUCAGGGAGAAUAUUUCACUCCCAAUUCAGCAGGUAUGACUCAGAUAUUUGUAUAAAGACUUCCUAAUACAGUUCUUGAGAAACCUUUUUGGGA